ACAAUGUAAUUUCACAAAAAUUUUGAUAUAAAUACUAGACCACAGUCCACAGACUAUAGCAAUAACUUUCGUUGAAUAGCAAAGUAAGCACAUCAGAAAUUAAAACAAAAUGAAAUCGGUUAUCUUCUUCGCAAUUUUGGCUUUGUCUUGCGCCUGCAUUUUAGCCUGUGAUCCUGAUGGCAAUAAUGAACCUCAAUGUUCAAGAAGCAAUUUAAAUGUACCCGUUCGUAAUUUCUGGGAUCCUACUCGCUACUGGUUGUGUACAGCUGCCGGUGCUGCUGCUGAGUCGGUACGUUGUCCCGAUUCACAAGGAUUUGAUUCAGCUAAGGGUGAAUGUGUACCAUUCGAUCAGUGGGUAUGGACCCCACCUUGCCCAGAGGCAUCCGCCUAAAUACAUAUAUAUUAGCAAAUGAUAUUGGAAAUUUUUAAAAUCUGAUAGAAAAUAAUAAAACCUAAAAAUUUUAUGAUUAAAA